AUGUUGCUGCCCUUGAUCACUGAGCUCAUCAAGCAGGCCGUUGCGGAAGCUUUGGGGGGUGUGCUGCCAGGUGGUCAGUCUCAGGCCCGCCCCGUGCAGCAGCCAACAAGUGGGCCGGCAACGGCCAAAGGACAGGACCGUCCGAAGGGCGGUGGUAAGCAGGGUGCUAAGCCGCCGGCGCAGCCAGCUGCCGAAGCACCUCGUGUUGUUAGGCAACAGCAGGCUCAUGGGCCGAAGCAGGGGUCAAACGGCAAAGGCAAAGGCAGUGCCGUUUCCCAGCCGACCGGAGCGGGCUGGCAGCUUGUCACGCGCAAGGCCAAAGAUGAGGGCGAGUUCCAGCUCAGGGCUCAGGAUUGGACGGCACCUCUUGUUGCGUACUCCAGCCUUGGUAGCCUCAUCGAUAAGGCCAAGCAAGAUGAAGUGAUUAAAGGUGUCAUUUUUGCGACUAAGCCCCAGCUUGACACUGCGCGGGCCAUGCUCAAAUCCUCAAACAAGCCGUAUGCAAUGCUGCAUAUCUACCUUGACAAAGGGGACAAUGCCCGUCGCAUUCCCGGCCGUGUUGGGGAUGCCUUGCGCUUUCGCACCGCCCAGGUGCUUCAGGUCAACAGCGCCAGUGAGCAUUUGACCCCGGACCCCCAAGGGCUGGCGGCACCGGUGAAGGUCAAGUCUUUGCAGACCUCUUUGGUCUAUGUGCGCAUACCAAAGGCUUUCGCUAGCGAGCAGACUUGGAAGGAGUUUAAGGGCAACGCCGCCAAGGCCGCUAUGCAGUGGGCCAGCUCACAUCACGUCCAGGGCGUGGACGCCUUCGGCUGGCUGGAAGAACAGCUCAAGGAUCAGAAAUCCACGCAGUUGUUCGGCAUGCUCCGUGUCCCGUCUGCUGACAUUGGCACUUUGCUUGGUGUUUCGGGCCAGAAGGGAAUCUUUGUGGAACCCGCCCGCCGCGAUGCCAUUAGCGUGCGCCUUGAGUGGCUUCCCCGUACCUCCAAACAGGAGGCAGACGAGCAGUACCUUCAAAGGGCCUUGCGGGGUGCUACGGCACACGGCCUAGCUGUGUUCGGGAACCGGAUCGCUUGGCGGCAUGCCAAGGUCGCUGGCGAGGUCCUGCCGCGCAUCUGGACGCUUAGUGAGGUGCCGAAAGACUGGACCGGUCACGAGGUGACACAACUUCUUGCGCAGGGCUUCAAGGACGUCACCGUCUUGUCGCACCGGCUGCACAAAGGCACCAUGACCUUCCGCUUUAGAGCCACCUGUUUGGCUGGCGACAAGGACCUUGUUCCGCUUAGUGCUCAGAUUGAUGACUCCGCCUCGCCCGUUGUGCUUUGGGCUGCCAUUGCGCCGGCUAGGUCUUUCCAAUCGCAGCAGAGGCGCUUGGCAAGAGGCAACGUGCCACAUGUGCCGCCCGACCGCACCACGAGCCUUGCUGCUGUGCCGGUCUCGGCCCAAGCACCGCCAGCCACUACCCAGGAUGCGGCUGGCAAAGAGCUCCCGGCCGCUAAACGUUCCCGCGGCUCGGCCCGCCAAAUUCCACAGGCCCUAGAGCGCGUCCCUUGUGAUCUCGAUGGCAACUGUGCUUUCUCGUCUGUGGCCCAGGGCCUUGCUUGGCUCUCGGCGGGCAAGGGCGGGACCCAAAAGGAGUUUAGCCACGUCGAGCUUCGAGCUCGUGCCACCAGCCACAUCGAGAAACACCGUUCGGAAUACGAAAGUGAGUGGGACGGUGUCUUGCCCGAUGGCACCAAGGACAAGACUUUUGAUGACUAUCUUGCGGCCAUUCGGCAGCUUAAGCAGUUUUCAUCCGAGCUUGAGAUCCGGGCACUUGCCCGCAUUUACAACAUCCGGGUGCUCAUUGUGCCGGCCUCUGACGCCUUCACGCCAAUGGUGUUCCAUGCCCAGGCCAAGCGCAUGUUGGUCUUAUGGUUGGAAGACAAACACCUCGAGCUUUUGCGGCCAAAAGGCGAGAACACCACCUCCAAGGACUACCCGGAGGAAUACUGGAAGGUCACCGAGGGGCCCGUCAAAGGCAUCAAAGUCGGUGGCUCCGAGACUGCUUCUUCGAUCCGUUCGGGUACUGUGUGGAGCGCCCAGGCUUCCCAAAGUGCACGGGCUGCCCGCCCCAAUGUGGGGAGCGACCAGGAACGUGAGGACCUUGAGGUGCCACCGCCCCCGCCGACAGGCGUCAAGCGCCCUAGGUAUACCCCGCAGGUCACUUGCCAACAGCACCUUGCUCAAAUCAGGUACAAGCAUUGCGCCAAGCACCAUGAUGGAGAGGGCCUUCCUGGACCUGCCCGCCGCAAAGAGCCUUACGUGGUUCCGGUCACGGGCCCGCGGCACAACUUCUCUUGGAUCUGUGAAUGGUGCAAUUGUGGAGUGAGGCAAGCCGUUGCCAAUGCAGCCCGCGAGCAAACUGUGGCCCGGGCGAUUCGUGGGCACCUUAAAGAGGCGCACCCCAAGCAGCCUAGGCACAUGCAUCAGAAAGCCCGCCUCGGCGUUUCGCACAGCCACAAUAGGCGUGUUCAAAACUGGAAUGCGGCGGUGUCCAAAUGUUUCCAGAAGCGAGCAGACCUCCUCGCCGCGGGGUUCGAGAGUUUCGCCAAGCUCAAGAUCCUCAGCAGAGUUCGGGAUUGGUGCCGCCGCCACCCCAAACAACAUACGAUGCCCCAGCCCGAGCUCAAAGUGAUCUUCACCUUGGCCACGCUCGCCCUGCAGGGCCGUGACAUCCGCACGCAAUGCGCCGCCGCUUACACCCGCGAAUGGCGAGGUUUGGGGUGGCAGCUUUACCUGUCAAAGCCCGAGUCCCACUCUGGGCUUCACCGUGUGGCGGCGGCCUGCCGCUUGCCAAGCCGUGCCGUGAGUUUGCCAGUCACGGUUGCGGCCACCAGGCACGCAGCCCUGCUAGUCGAGGCCGAGCAAGACAAUCGUCGUCGACCGGUCCUUUUCGUGGCCACUUACGGUUUUGCAGGGGACCUGCUCGCCACCAACGGCAUGGUCAAUGACCUUGUUGACGCGUGCCAUGGCUUCCGUGGUCCUUUUGUCAUGUUGGGCGAUUGGAACCAAACUGCAGACGAGGGCCUUUUGCAGCAACAUGUCAUGACUGGCUCCGUCCGUCUGCUGGACGCUUGGCACUGUGCAGGUCCGUGUGACCACACCGCUGUGGCCUAUAGUCUCAACUUGUUUGCCAACUUCACAGGCCACCUCGAGGACGCUUUGGCGCAAGGCGACAUGGCCCUGCGCCGCCGCAUCAUCCGUUCAUUGCGUGGCCUCCGGGCUCUGGUCCCUGAGCUUCCCUCUGUGCGAGAAGGCCAGGAGUGUGAUGUGUACGGGGCGGUUCAAGCUCUCCUUGAACAGCGGGUGGCCGAAGAGAAGGCGGCCGCGCUUGAGGGUUGGAGGCUCCGCAUGGAGCAAGCUGAGCACAAGCAGAUCGCUUGGGUCAAGGAGCGCGCUGCACAGGCCCUUGAGGCUUCACAGCAACCACCGACUCUGGUUUCCUCCGUGUCUGCUAUCCACCCGUCUUCGGUGAUCGCAACCCAUGGCGAAGAAUGGACCAAACUGUGGACCUCUGAGCGCCUUGACAACAAGCCGCGACCAGAGCUACUUCGCAUCCUCGAGGCUCUGCCUCAGCGUGAUGUUUGGUCGACUUGCCUUACCAUUUCCCCGACUUGCCUGCAAGCUUCGGCUAAAACCAUGGUAGGCAAGGCCCCCGGUCCGGAUUCCUGGGCUGCCGAGCAUUUCUUGCAGAUGCCAGACCAGUGGUGGCGGGGGUUUUCCAGUUUGUGGCAGUGUCUGCUUAAUGGAGCCGAGGCCCCAAAGGAGUGGCGUCGCAGCCUGGUGGCGUUACUGCCCAAGAAGAUCAUCGCCACGCGUCCGAUCGGUCUCUUGCAAACAGCAUACCGUAUCGGCGCGAAGGCCGUUAGCCGACUGCUCCGUGAAUGGACCCUCUCGUGGACAUCGUCCUCCGCCUUUGGCGGAGCCCCAAACUUUUCCACAGCGGACGCCCACUUCAGAGUGCAUUGUGCUUUUUCACGAGGGGUGCGCAACUUUAUAGUGCAAGACCUUAAAAGUUUCUUCGACUGCCUACACUUGCAAGAUGUGUUGCCGAUUCUAGGCAAGCUCGGUGCGCCGCCAUGCCUGCAACACCUGCUGGCCAGUGUGUACAACGGCAGCGAGAGGCUUUUCACCUCCCGUGGCUUUGCAGCGCCUCGGUGGGCCUCAGCAACCCGUGGCUUGGUGCAGGGUGACCCACUGAGUCCUUUGCUCGCCCUUACGGUGGGGCAUUUGUGGGCGACACACGUGCUUCGGGGCCCGGCCAAAGGUCUCAUGUACGUUGACGACCGCCUAGUUUGGGUUGAGCCUUCGCCCCAACAGGUUAUGCAUAUGAAAGCUGCCGUCCAAAGAUCACAGGAGUUCGACAGAGCCCUGCAACUUGUGUGCGAGCCUUCGAAGUGUGCGGUGGUUACCGCUGGGGCCUCGAGUCCUUUCUUGCCUUUGGCCCAACAGCUUGGCUACCCCAUACAGCAGACUCUAGAGAUCCUGGGGGUGACCCUCGACCUCCAGGAGGGCAAUGCCAGUCCUUUGCGUUUGGCUCCUGAGAAGCUCCUGUGGAGACUGAGGUUUCUGCAGCGCCUCCCGGCCACCCUGCCUCGUAAGAUCAAGCUGCUUUGGCCACUUGUGUUUGCCAGUGCCUUCUGGUGCGCAGGUGUGGCGGCCCCAGACAGCACCUUCCUGCAACAGCUUCAGUUCGAAACUUUGCGAGUCUUCCCUAAGAGCUUCACGCAUGAGGUGCCGAUUUUUCUUCAGCACGCUCUGCUAGGAUGGCACACUAGCCCCUUUUUCCUUAGAGACUACACUGCUUUGCGGCGGGCUUGUCGUUUUGCAACACACCGGCCCCUGUGGUUAGAGGAUGCCCCUCUCACUGAAGGCGCUGCGCCGUGGAGGGUCUUGCUUCCUGAGGCGGCGGAGGCUCUGCAACGUCAAGGCUGGAGUGCUCUGCCUAACGGCCAGGGCAUCCGGAGAGUUGACGCCCAGGGAAAUUCCCGUGAGUUUUUGUUUGGGCAAACAAACCUGCGAACCUUGCACUUCUGGCUCGUGGAGGCUUUCGUGAGCCAAGGGGUCCACAAGUGCAAACGGGUGUGUGCCACCUAUCAUCGGCAAGACAGCGAGUGCGCCCGGGGCCUUUGCCUUCCAAAGCCUCCAAGGCACUCGGCCUUUGACUUCACGGUGCACCGCAAAACGUUCUUAAACUCGAGCAGCCUUUCUGUGCACCGGGCGGCGGCAGCUGCUGGGUCCAGCUACUGGUACUACCAGGCAGGCCGCAAAGGAGCGCCUGGGCUCGGCUCAAACCUGUGCAUGUGCGGGCUCAAGGAGCCCUCUCGGGCACACCUCACGUGGGUGUGUCCACACACCUCUGCAUAUCGCACGGCCGCUGCGGUUGACAUGCCUACGGAUCGGGCAUCGGAGCGGCUGUUUGCUCCGCCCCUUGACUGCUACCCGCCGGCUCCUGACAUUUGCCACGAUGACGGCGCGCGCCUUGGCGCUGCACUUGAGCAAGCGUGCAAGACCACCCUGACGUCGCGGGUCUUCGUGGCGACG